UCUCUCCAAACACCAUUACCUUGUCAAUUUCUUGUCUGCUUAUGCUUAUGUUGUCUCUUCUUCACUUUAAUUUUGUUGUGAGAUUGGUUUGUAUGAGUUCUUAGAUAAUCCAUGUUGUAUAUCUAUUGCUAAUACUGUUUAUUUAUUCAAUUACCUUCUCGAUGAUGGUUUGGACUAUGGAUGGUUGGUUAUGGAGUUUUGGUCAUUAUUAUUGGUUAUUUACAACUAAGUUGAUUGUUUUCUAUGUGAAUUUGAGCUUUGGAAUCUUAAUAUUCCAAAAUAUCUUCUCCCUCGAUCCUCAAAACCCCAUUUCCGAAAGGGGCUUGUGUGCUGAUUAUUUGAUUUGAUUAGUGUUUGCAUUGCAAGUACUUUAUCAAAUCAGUCAGAAAUCAAAUUUUAUGGUGGUGAGUCAUUAAAUUUUGUCUGGUCUGCAUAUAAUCUACAUCUGAAUUGGCCCUCCCCUUUACCCUCUAUGGCUAUGAUGAGCUCAGAUAAUGAAAACUUAUAUUAAUAGUAGUAAGGACCCAAUCUGGUUCUGUUGUAUUGUGUCCAAUUGAGAUGUGUGGCUUUAAUUUUCUGCACUACGCAUCAAUUUUCAUUCAUUAGAUGAAGCUCCUAUAGCAUGCUAGUAAUAAUUUGAGUGACCAAAGGACAACAGCGAUUAAUUUAGUAAUUACUUAUGAUUGUUCUUAAGACAAUUAUGGUAUGUUUUGCAGCCCUGAAUGUUCUCUCAAUGUUUUCUGUAUGAUGUUUAGUGUUAAUUCAGCAAUGCUUAGCUAUUAGCACACUACCUGCAAGAAACAUCCCAAGAGCUGAUAAGAAAAUGCAGUUAUAUCAUCAUCCCUUGGAUUUGGAAAGCCAGAGGGUGAGACUUGCAUUGGAGGAGGAGGGUGUAGAUUAUACAUCUCACCAUGUCAAUCCCAUUACUGCCAAGAACUUGGAUUCCACUUUCUUCAAGAUGAAUCGCCAUGGAAGAGUCCCGGUUUUCCAAAAUGGCUCUCACAUCAUUUACAAUACUAUUGAUAUAAUCCAGUACAUAGAAAGAAUUGCUGUGGUUUCCUCAGGGGCUGAGAGUAUCAGCGCCAGUAGCAGGGAAGUGAUUGAAUGGAUGCAGAAGAUACAAGACUGGGACCCCAAAAUUUUCACACUUUCACACAUACCCGAGAAAUACCGCCUUUAUGUUUCCAAGUUCAUAAGGCAAGUGGCAAUUGCUCGCAUGUCCGAGUCACCUGAAUUAGCAAGUGAUUACCAUAGGAAGUUGAAAGAAGCCUACGAGACUGAAGAGAAAUUGAAAGAAGCAGAUGUUUUGAGAAGGAGCAAGGAUCAUUUGGUUAGACUGCUUGAUGAGGUGGAGAGGCAGCUGAGUGAAACACCUCAUUUGGCAGGUCAAGAGUUUACCAUGGCUGAUGUGAUGCUUGUUCCAGUAUUAGCUCGUUUAGAACUCUUGGAUUUAGAGAAUGAGUACAUAAUUGGAAGGCCAAACAUUGCUGAGUACUGGAUUUUGGUUCAGCAAAGGCUUAGUUACAAAAAGGUGAUUGGGGAAGGGAUGCUUGUCAAAGUGGCCAGGCUGCAAAAGAUUUUGUGGCUGAGUAUUGAAACAAUUCAUGCAUUGCAAUCUUCAUCUAUCAAAAGAAUUAAGGAAAGGAUAGUAUGUUCAUACUGACAUUGGAAGUACAGGGUUACUGCUGCUUAUAUGUACAUUAUUUCUGAUACUUGUAAAUGCAAUCAAAGAAACAGUCUAAUGAUAUACACUUUCAUGCUUUGUUCUACGAACAGAUUGAUAAAUUCCAAGUUUCAGUUUGAACAAUGACUAGAGACCAUAUAUCAUUCACUCUCA